GUUCUCACUACCAGUUAUUAGGGAUCAUCUCCACCUCUUCCUAUCUCUCUCCAUCUCUCUCUAUACUCUGCAACUCUCUUUGUCUUAAAGAAGAAGAAACACUCUCUCUCUAUCUCUCUCACUGUUCUCUCUCUACAGCUUCAAAGUGCGAAAGCAUAUUUUUUUUUUUUUGGUUUUAAAAAAUAGCAAUGUUCCUUGCUUUUGCUCCGCAGAGCAUGUGAGCUCUGACAUAUUCUUCUCUUCUUCUUGUUCUUGGUUUCUUUGUCUCUUCAUUUCCGAUCCGAGUCGCGAACUCACUGAGUCACAAUGGCGGCCUCGUCCUCGCGCGGCCGGAGCAGCUCCCCGUUUCAUUACCGGAAACCGUCGAGUCCGUACUCGUCAUCCUCGUCGUCGUCGUCGUUUAUGAAUGGAAAGCUUAUGCCUCGAUCGUGCUCGUCGUCGGCCUCUUCAUUCCUCAACAACUCCGGCAAUGGACUCGGCUCCAGAUCCAUAACGCCGAGCAGAGGCCGUGUUGACUCAAUGUACGCCGGUCCGCGCGGAUACGGCAGUCGAACGCCGGUGGCGUUCGCGUCGGAUGAGUUGAUUGGGGAGCUGAUCGAUGUGCCGAGGUCCGGGGAUAGCAUUUCGGUGACUAUUCGGUUUAGGCCUUUGAGUGAGAGGGAGUUUCAGCGGGGAGAUGAGAUCGCUUGGUUUGCCGACGGGGAUAAGAUUGUUCGAAAUGAGUAUAAUCCAGCUACAGCUUAUGCAUUUGAUAGAGUUUUUGGACCAUCUACUGGUUCUCAGGACGUUUAUGAUGUGGCUGCUCGACCUGUAGUCAAGGCUGCAAUGGAGGGUAUCAAUGGAACCGUUUUUGCUUAUGGUGUUACAAGUAGUGGGAAGACACAUACUAUGCAUGGAGACCAAAAUUCUCCAGGAAUUAUUCCGUUGGCCAUAAAGGACGUUUUCAGCAUUAUCCAAGAUACUCCAGGACGUGAGUUCUUACUUCGGGUGUCAUAUCUUGAAAUCUACAAUGAGGUGAUAAAUGACUUGCUUGAUCCAACCGGUCAAAAUUUGCGUGUUAGAGAAGACGCACAGGGAACUUACGUUGAAGGUAUUAAGGAAGAAGUUGUUUUAUCUCCAGGCCACGCUCUAUCUUUUAUUGCUGCUGGGGAAGAGCAUCGUCAUGUUGGGUCCAACAAUUUCAAUCUGUUGAGUAGCCGUAGUCACACCAUAUUUACACUGAUGAUUGAAAGUAGCGACCAUGAUGAUGAAUACGAUGGCGUGAUUUUCUCUCAACUUAAUCUGAUUGAUCUAGCUGGAUCUGAGAGCUCAAAAACAGAAACUACUGGACUGAGGAGAAAGGAAGGAUCUUACAUAAACAAAAGCCUUCUAACUCUUGGAACUGUAAUAGGAAAACUGAGUGAGGGGAGGGCAUCUCAUGUUCCAUAUCGAGAUUCUAAGCUUACUCGCCUUUUGCAAUCUUCACUGAGUGGACAUGGGCAUGUUUCGCUCAUUUGCACAGUUACCCCUGCAUCUAGUAACAUGGAGGAAACACAUAAUACACUAAAGUUUGCAAGCAGAGCAAAGCGAGUGGAAAUCUAUGCCUCUCGUAAUAAGAUUAUUGAUGAAAAAUCUUUGAUUAAGAAGUAUCAAAGAGAGAUCUCAACUCUCAAAGAAGAACUUGAUCAGCUUAGAAGGGGAAUGCUUGUUGGUGUCAGUCAUGAGGAGAUUAUCAGCUUAAGGCAACAGUUGGAAGAAGGUCAAGUGAAGAUGCAGUCGAGAUUGGAGGAAGAAGAGGAAGCAAAGGCUGCUCUCAUGAGUAGAAUUCAGAGGCUAACCAAGCUUAUACUGGUUUCUACAAAGAAUACACUUCCUGGUUGCUUAGGUGAUGUGGUCAGUCAUCAAAGGAGUCAUUCUGUCGGUGAGGAUGAUAAAUUGGAUGUUAUACGUGAGGGUCCUCUGCCUGCAGAAAAUGAGAAUCAGAAAGACUCCCCAUCUUCUGCUUUGGCAAUUCCAUCAGAUUUGACCUGUGAUUUUAGACACAGAAGAUCUUCCAGUAAAUGGAAUGAAGAACUAUCACCUGCUAGCAGUACAGUUACUGAAUCUACUCAAGCGGGAGAACUUAUCAGUGGUUCUGCCUGUGGUUCAAAACUGCCAACAGGUGGGAUGACAAUGUCUGAUCAAAUGGACCUCCUUGUUGAACAAGUUAAGAUGCUUGCCGGAGAGAUUGCAUUCAGCACCAGUACUCUGAAGCGCUUGAUGGAGCAGUCUGUGAAUGAUCCUGAUGGCUCAAAAACUCAAAUUCAGAACUUAGAACAUGAGCUUCAAGAAAAGAAGAGGCAAAUGAGGAUUUUAGAACAACGCAUGAUGGAGACUGGUGAGGCUUCAUUUGCUAAUGCUUCAAUGGUUGACAUGCAGCAGACUGUUAUGAAAUUGAUGACACAAUGUAGUGAAAAAGGUUUUGAGCUUGAGAUCAAAACUGCAGAUAAUCGUGUUCUCCAGGAGCAGCUGCAGAAUAAGUGUGCGGAAAACAUGGAAUUGCAACAGAAAGUGGAUCUUCUGCAACAGCAGCUUUCUUCAGGCACUGUUCAAAAAUUGUCUUUGUCUUCUGAGCAGGGUGUAUCAGAAGACUACAUUGAUGAGUUGAAAAAGAAAGUUCAGUCUCAGGAGAUUGAGAAUGAGAAACUAAAGCUUGAACAGGUUCAGAUUUUAGAGGAGAACAGUGGACUACGGGUGCAGAACCAGAAAUUGUCUGAAGAAGCUUCGUAUGCAAAGGAACUAGCCUCUGCUGCUGCGGUUGAGCUGAAGAAUUUGGCUGGUGAAGUUACUAAGAUCUCAUUACAGAAUACGAAACUAGAAAAAGAAUUGAUUGCGGCUCGAGAGCUUGCUCAUUCUCGGGGUUCCAAUUUACAAGCCAGUAACAAUGGUAAUCGCAAGUAUUCUGACAGUGCUAAACCUGGAAGGAAAGGCAGACUUCCUGGCCGAGCUAAUGAUAUCUCUGGAGCAGUUUACGAUGACUUUGAGUUGUGGAAUCUUGAUCCAGAUGAUCUAAAGAUGGAACUGCAGGCAAGGAAACAACGUGAGAUGGCUCUUGAGGCUGCUUUAGCUGAUAAGGAACUAGUGGAAGAUGAUUACAGGAAAAAGCUUGAAGAGGCCAAGAAAAGGGAGUCAGCUUUGGAAAAUGACUUAGCAAACAUGUGGGUGCUGGUUGCUCAGUUAAAGAAAGAGGGUGGAGCCAUCCCCGAGUCAAACACUGAUGAGAGGCAUCCCAAUGAAUUAGACCAUGUGAAUGAUUUGAAUCCAAAAAUAGAUGAUACUGACAGUAAAAAUACUGUCCUUAAAGAGAUGCAAGUUCCAGAUGUUAUGAGGCCAGCUCAUGACAUUCCUAAGGAAGAGCCUCUAGUUGCUCGCCUGAAGGCUCGAAUGCAAGAGAUGAAGGAAAAGGAGCAGAAAUACCUGGGAAAUGGAGAUGCCAACUCCCACAUCUGCAAAGUGUGUUUUGAGUCACCUACUGCAGCAAUUCUUCUCCCAUGCCGGCAUUUUUGUUUAUGUAGAUCCUGUUCGCUUGCUUGUUCUGAGUGUCCAAUUUGUCGCACAAAGAUUGCAGAUCGGUUCUUUGCAUUCACUUCCUAACACCGCCCAUUAUGCCCACUAAAUGAAGGGGUUUGUCAUCAUUCACCUGUUUGCUAUUUUCCGUGCAAUGGUGGGUGGUGCAAUUCUUUUAUUAGUUUGCUUGUAUGUAACUGUCUAAAAGGUAUAUCAAUCAAUAUUUUGUUUGUGUCACCCCUAUAAAAUAAGAGGGGAAAAAAAAGGAAAAGAUAAAAAAAAGGGAAAAAAGAAGAUAAAUUUUGAGGUUUCAGAUACAGGAUGUUGCUACUGUAUUUUCCAAACACGCAGCAGAAUGUUGUGAUGUGUCAUUUUUACUUCCAUUGCAAUGUAUAGAAGAAACUUAAUCAUCCCUAAGAAGCUUGGUUUUUCUUUCCUUAUCAAAUUUGAAUUCAUGUAUUCUUCUCCA